AUGACCACUUGGCGGAGUAGUCGGAGCAGGGGUGGUGAGGACACUGGAGGUGGAGAUGAGGCAGGCGACGACGCGUUGGCUGGUGGCGAGAGAGAUGUCGAUGGAGCUGGAAUCGACAGCGGAGGCAAAGAAGCGACUGGCGCUACGGGUGGUGGAGGCGAGAGAGAUGUCAGCGGCAGAGAUGAGGCUGCAGGUGGUGGUGGAGAAGAGGAUGGCGGCGGCGAGGUGGUGUUGGUCGAUGGCUUCUUGCUUCAACCCCCAACAGCAGCAUCGUCCAUGGCGGUUUUAAGGGAUUUGCUUGCAUGUGAUGGAGAGAGAGGUAUAUUUGUGUUUUGA